AUGGCCCAGCCCGAGGCCAUCUUCCAAAAGGUCAGCCCCGUAUGGGGCGUAUACAGCGUGCAGGUGAACUCGGACGCCGAGGAGCAGCAAGGCACGGCGAUGAUCGAUGCGGCGCUUGCUCAUGAUGUUCGCCACUUCGUCUACUCGUCGAGUGACCGUGGUGGCCCUGAGAAGUCGCCCGUCAAUCCCACCAAAGUGAAGAACUUUGCUGCCAAGUACCGCAUUGAGAAUCACUUGAUAGAGAGGGCCGCGGCUAGCCCACAACAGAUGACAUACACGAUCCUACGACCGGUGACGUUCUUUGAGAAUCUGACUACCGAUAUACAUGGGAAGGGCUUUGCUCGUAUGUGGGAACAAAUGGGCGACAAGAAGCUGCAGUUCGUGUCGACUCGGGAUAUUGGUCGGGUUGCGGCGUACAGCUUCAUGCGUCCACAUGACUACCGCAAUGUUGCUCUGACACUGGUGGGCGAUGAGUUAACCCAGAAGGAGGCUGAGCCCGUGUUCAAGGCUAUCGUGGGAUCAUCUAUGCCCUUAGCUCCUUGCCCUGUGGCUUCAACGGUCAAGUUUGUCUUGAAGGAUACUGUGGGUGACAUGUUCCGUUGGUUUGAACGUGAAGGGUAUGGAGGUGAUGUGGCCGCAUGCCACCAGCUCUACCCUGGGAUGAAAGUCUUCAAAGCCUGGAUCGAGGAGAACAAGGGGCAGUGGUUGUGA